GUGAGACGCCGAAACCUCGGCAGCAGCAGCAGCAGCAGGAUCCCGGUGUGGUGCAGGUUAUCAUGGCGAGAAGAUAAAAGAGCCACAUCUUCACUGCGAGUCUCACAACAACAAUAACACAGAGCUCCGGAGCAGAGCCGGGACCUUAAAGCACGUCUGUCCCACAGUCAGCGGAGAGAACCGGGGGACACAGUAGCAAUGGCAGCGUCGGAGCUCUUCACAAAGCGUGCUCGGGUGUGGAUCCCCGAUGCUGAGGAAGUGUGGAAGUCCGCUGAGCUCACCAAGGACUACAAAAAUGGCGACACCUCUCUGCAGCUCUUGCUGGAGGACGGAACGAACAUUGAACACACGCUGGACCCUAAGACGAAGAACCUGCCUUACCUGCGAAACCCUGACAUCCUGGUGGGAGAAAAUGACCUCACAGCGCUCAGCUACCUGCACGAGCCGGCUGUGCUCCACAACCUCAAAGUCCGCUUCAUCGACUCUAAGCUCAUCUACACUUACUGUGGAAUCGUUCUGGUGGCCAUCAACCCGUACGAGACGCUGCAAAUCUAUGGAACAGAUAUCAUCAAUGCCUACAGCGGUCAGAACAUGGGAGACAUGGACCCCCAUAUCUUUGCUGUGGCAGAGGAGGCUUACAAACAGAUGGCCAGGGACGAGAGGAACCAGUCAAUUAUCGUGAGUGGGGAGUCCGGAGCAGGAAAGACGGUAUCAGCCAAAUAUGCCAUGAGAUACUUUGCUACAGUCAGUGGCUCCGCCAGCGAGGCCAACGUGGAGGAGAAAGUCUUGGCUUCCAAUCCCAUCAUGGAGGCCAUUGGAAACGCAAAGACCACCAGGAACGACAACAGCAGUCGUUUUGGCAAAUACAUUGAGAUCGGCUUCGACAACCGCUACCGCAUCAUUGGUGCCAACAUGAGAACGUAUCUACUGGAAAAGUCACGAGUGGUCUUUCAGGCAGAUGAGGAGAGGAAUUAUCAUAUCUUCUAUCAGCUCUGUGCAUCAUCACAUCUGCCUGAGUUCAAGAUUCUGAAUCUGAGCAGUGCAAAUGACUUCGUGUACACGAGACAAGGCCACAGCCCCGUAAUCGAAGGUGUGGAUGACACCAAGGAGCUCCGCAACACACGCCAUGCCUUCACUCUGCUCGGUAUCAAUGAGUCCUAUCAGAUGGGGUUGUUUCAAGUUUUGGCUGCAAUUCUUCAUCUUGGAAACGUGGAGAUAAAGGACAGAGAUUCAGACAGCAGUGUCAUUGCUCCCAACAAUCGACACCUGAUGGCGUUCUGCGAGCUGGUGGGCGUGGCCUAUCAGGACAUGUCCCACUGGCUGUGCCACAGGAAGCUGAAGACGACCUCGGAGACGUAUAUCAAGCCCCUACCUCGCCUGCAAGCCACCAACGCCCGCGACGCACUCUCCAAACACAUCUACGCUAAGCUCUUCAACUGGAUCGUAGAACACGUCAACAAGGCUCUGAUCACGAACAUCAAACAGCACUCCUUCAUUGGCGUCCUUGACAUCUACGGGUUUGAGACAUUUGAGAUCAACAGCUUUGAGCAGUUCUGCAUCAACUAUGCUAAUGAGAAACUCCAGCAGCAGUUCAACAUGCAUGUGUUCAAGCUGGAGCAGGAGGAGUACAUGAGGGAGCAGAUUCCCUGGACUUUGAUAGACUUCUAUGACAAUCAGCCCUGUAUCAACCUCAUAGAAGCUAAGAUGGGAAUCCUGGACCUGCUGGACGAGGAGUGCAAAAUGCCAAAAGGUUCUGAUGAUUCCUGGGCUCAGAAACUGUACAACACCCAUCUGAAAAGCUGCUCCCUGUUUGAGAAGCCGCGCAUGUCCAACCGCGCCUUCAUCAUCCAACAUUUUGCUGACAAGGUAGAGUACCAGUGUGACGGUUUCCUGGAGAAAAACAAGGACACUGUGAAUGAAGAACAGAUCAAUGUGCUGAAGGCCAGCAAGUUUGACCUCCUGGUGGAACUGUUUCGAGAUGGGGAGAAAGCAACCAGUCCCACAGGUCAGGUUCCUGGGACUGGAGGCCGGACCCGCCUCAGCAUCAAACCUGACAAGGGUCGGGAGAAGAGCAGCAAGGAUCACAAGAAGACGGUCGGCUGCCAGUUUCGUAACUCGUUGCAAAUGCUGAUGGAGACACUGAAUGCAACCACCCCUCAUUACGUCCGCUGCAUCAAACCCAAUGACUUCAAGAUGGCCUUCUCCUUCGAUCCUAAACGUGCUGUGCAGCAGCUCAGAGCCUGCGGUGUCCUGGAAACCAUCCGCAUCUCUGCUGCAGGCUUCCCAUCCAGGUGGACGUACCAAGAGUUCUUCAGUCGUUACAGAGUGCUGAUGAAGCAGAAGGAUGUGCUUUCUGACAAAAAGUUGACUUGCAGAAAUGUUCUGGAGAAACUCGUGCAGGACCAAGAUAAAUACCAGUUUGGUAAGACCAAGAUCUUCUUCAGAGCUGGACAGGUUGCUUAUCUAGAGAAGUUAAGGGCGGACAAGUUGCGUGCUGCAUGCAUCCGCAUCCAAAAAACCAUCCGCUGCUGGCUGGCACGCAAGAAGUAUCUGCGCAUGCGCAGUGCUGCGAUCACCAUCCAGAGGUUCACCAGAGGAUACCAGGCACGCUGCCUGGCCAAGUUCAUGCGUCGCACCCAGGCGGCCACCAUCAUCCAGAAGUACCAGAGAAUGUGUGUAGAGAGAAAACGCUACAGGCAGAAGCAGGCUGCUGCCCUGGCGAUGCAGACUAUCCUCAGAGCUUACAUGGCCCGACAGAAAUACCAGAUGCUACUGCGCGAGCACAAGGCGGUCAUCAUUCAGAAGCGUAUUCGUGGCUGGUUGGCUCGCUGCUGGUACAAGCGCUGCCUCGAAUCCAUCGUCUACCUUCAGUGCUGCAUCCGCAGGAUGAGGGCCAGGCAAGAGUUGAAGAAGCUAAAGAUCGAGGCUCGCUCAGUGGAGCACUUCAAGAAGCUCAACAAAGGCAUGGAGAACAAGAUCAUGCAGCUGCAGAGAAAGAUCGACGAGCAGCACAAGGAUAAUCGGUCACUCAAUGAGAGGCUUUCUGGUCUGGAGACCUCCUACACAACAGAGAGUGAAAAAAUGCGCGGCGAGCUCAGCCGACUGCGUGGGUAUGAGGAGGAGGCCAAGAACAAAACCAACCAGGUGUCGUCGCUGCUGGAGGAGCUGGAACGGGUGAAGAAGGAGCUGAGUACCACACAGCAGGAGAAGAAGACCAUCGAGGACUGGGCGCAGACAUACAGGAGUGAAAUGGAAAAAAUGGUCUCGGAGCUGAAGGAACAGAACGGCUUGCUGAAGAAGGAGAAGGACGACUUGAACAGGUCGAUUCAGGAACAGAGUCAGCAGAUGACAGUGAAAAUGGCGCGUGCGAUAGCAGAGGAGACUCAGCAGCUGGAGACGGAUUUGAACGAGGAACGGUCUCGCUACCAGAAUCUCUUGACGGAACACCUCCGCCUCGAGGAGAAAUACGACGACCUGAAGGAGGCGAUGGUUCUUUCCUCGAACAAGCCUGGCCACAGGAGAACGGAUUCCACCCACAGCAGCAACGAGUCAGAGUACACCUACAACUCCGAGUACGCUGAAAUGGAAGAAGGUUCCCGUGCUGCAGAAGAUGUGACGCGAGGAAUAGACACCUCACUGACGCUGAAGCUGCAGAAGCGUCUCACAGAGCUCGAGCAAGAGAAGCAGUCGCUGCGCAACGAACUGGAAAACAAAGAGGAUCAGUUCCAACGGGCCAGAGCUCGGGAUAAUGCAGAGUUUAAAAAGGCUCGUGGGGCAGAGCUGGAGUACGAGUCCCUCAAGCGUCAGGAGCUGGAGUCAGAGAACAAGAAGCUGAGGCAUGAUCUGGCAGAUAUGAGACAAAGCCUUCUGGGAAAUGCAGCUACAAGCACUGGAGCUCCAGGCUCCCCUGCUUACAAGGUGCUGCUGGACCAGCUCAACGCCUCCUGUGAGGAGCUGGAGGUCCGCAAGGAGGAAGUUCUGAUCCUGCGCUCCCAACUGGUCAGUCAGAAGGAAGCCAUGCACCACAAGGAUGAGAAGGAGACCAUGACAGAGCCGUCGGUCUCUGUUCAGGAUGUGUCUAAACUGAAGGACUCUGAUGAAAUCAAACAAGCCUACAUAGGACUCAAAGACACCAACAGAUCUCCUCAGUUCAUGCGUAAGCCGCUGGAAGUCAGUGAUCUCCUGAGUAGGCUCAGAUCUGCUGCUCCAGACUUCCAUAAGCUGAAUGAGGACGGAGAGCUGUGGCUGGUUAAUCAGGGCUUAAAGGAGACCAUCAGGUUACUGGAACACCAGCUGCAGACUCAGCGGAGAACUCACGAUAGUGAGGUGGAAGUGAUGCGCGGCGAGCUGCAGAGUGUCAAGGAGGAAAAUAGCCGUCAGCAGCAGCUCUUGGCCCAAAACCUCCAGCUGCCCCCAGAGGCUCGAAUCGAAGCCAGUCUGCAGCAUGAGAUCACCCGGCUCACUAACGAGAACCUGGAACUCUUGGCCGAGGACCCGGCAGCAUCCAGAGAGGCUCGCGUCGUCAUUUUACGACGGAUGGUUGAUCUCAUGGAGCAGCUGGAGAAGCAGGACCGAACCAUCCGCAAGCUCAAGAAGCAGCUGAAGGUUUACUCCAAGAGGAUUGGAGAAAUGGGAGCGGGUCAAACUGAGGGACAGACAUCUCCAGGACAGAUGGUGGAAGAGCCAAUCCAUCCUGUCAACAUUCCCCGCAGGGAAAAAGACUUCCAGGGAAUGCUGGAGUACAAGAAGGAGGAUGAGCUCAAACUCGUCAAGAACCUCAUCCUGGAACUGAAGCCGCGUGGCGUAGCAGUGAAUCUGAUCCCAGGUCUGCCCGCCUACAUCCUCUUCAUGUGUCUGAGACAUGCCGACUAUGUCAAUGAUGACCAGAAGGUCCGCACUCUGCUCACGUCAACCAUCAACAGUAUUAAGAAGAUACUAAAGAAACGAGGAGAUGACUUUGAGACGGUUUCUUUCUGGUUGGCGAACACCUGUCGCUUCCUGCACUGUCUGAAACAAUACAGCGGAGAUGACGCUUUCAUGAAGCACAACACAUCGAGGCAAAAUGAACACUGUCUGUCCAACUUUGACCUGGCGGAGUACAGACAGGUGAUCAGUGACCUGGCCAUCCAGAUUUAUCAGCAGCUGAUCAAAUGCAUGGAGAACAUCCUCCAGCCCAUGAUAGUCUCUGCCAUGCUGGAACACGAGACCAUCCAGGGUGUUUCGGGGGUGAAGCCCACUGGUCUCCGCAAGCGGACGUCCAGUAUCGCCGACGAGGGCACCUACACCCUGGACUCCAUCCUGCGGCAGCUCAGCGCCUUCCACUCCACCAUGUGUCAGCACGGCACUGACCCCGAGCUCAUCAAACAAGUGGUGAAGCAGCAGUUCUACAUCAUCGGAGCCGUCACCCUCAACAACCUGCUGCUACGCAAGGACAUGUGCUCCUGGAGCAAAGGCAUGCAGAUCAGGUACAACGUGAGCCAGCUGGAGGAGUGGCUCAGAGACAAAGGUUUGAUGGUUUGUGGAGCCAAGGAGACUCUGGAGCCGCUGAUCCAGGCCGCUCAGCUGCUGCAGGUGAAGAAAAAGACGGACGAGGACGCUGAGGCCAUCUGCUCAAUGUGCCAGGCCCUCACCACGGCUCAGAUCGUCAAAGUCCUGAACCUCUACACUCCAGUUAAUGAGUUUGAGGAGAGGGUGUCUGUGGCAUUCAUACGAACUAUACAGACUCGAUUGCGAGACCGUUGUGAGAGUCCCCAGUUGCUGAUGGACACAAAGGUGAUAUAUCCAGUCACCUUCCCGUUCAACCCGUCCUCCCUCGCCCUGGAAACCGUCCAGAUCCCCGGCUCACUCAACCUGGGCUUUCUCACCCGAGUCUAAACCGAGGCCACACAGGACAGCUAUAAGAGUUUCUCUUUUUCUGUUUGGCAUUGUGGCUCCUGCUGGAACCUCGAGACACAUGACACCCACUGGCCCACAAAGGCCUGUAAUUAUAUCACAUUAUAAACACAAACACUCAAUAAUUAUGAUCUCUAUGAACACAAUUUCAGAUCCUGAUCCUCUUAAAUGUCCCAGGUCUAAACCUGGACAUGAACACACAAAACACACAAUCGACAAGCUCAACUUUCAUCAUGCAUUUCAACCUCCACUAAAACAUAGACACGCAUGCCUUUGCUUGACGUGCACCACCAAAAAAAAAGUACAGGUGCACACAGUUGCUGUAAAAAAAAAACACCAUGAUCCGCCCAGUGCUUGUAUAAACGCCUCUUAGAGAAGCCACAGGACCCGCUCAACACCUGCAGCGCUCGCCUCAGCGUCCUCCUCUGCGUCUCAGCUUAGUUCCAGCUCUCGUCUUCGUUCCGCAGUGACAAGUGUACACACCCCGUACGUGACCCCCCAGAGGACGGUGAUGUAGUGUCAUAUGUUGGGUUUGUACCACAGACAGAACUGUCCGGUCGGGCCGUGUGCUAACGUUAGCUCGCUCUCUUUCUUUCCACCACGAACCACGCGGCGUUCUGUUCUAUGCUGUUGUUUUCCUCUCCGAAGUAGUCGAGACAAGCCGAGACGGAGCUCAUCAUUUGUACUAUAUUAGUUAUACAUAUAUACAUACAUAUAUAUAUAUUAAUAAUAUAUCAUGUAUUUUAUUUAUUGCCUAUGUCUCCGUCCCCGCCCUCCAUUUUUAAUGACGAGAAGCUUCCUCUUUGCAGAAAAUGUGUCCAGUAUGACUACAUGAUGGGACCAUCAUUUCCCUCAAGAUGAGCAGCUUUGUAAAGGGCGUUUUAGUUCCGGUAUAGGUUAUUUAUGUCCGUAUCAGGUACGUUUUGUAGGCUCGUUAAACAAGUACAGGCACAGACGAUUGUUUGUUAGUUUGCUCCGCUUUGUUGUGACACGCCGCGUGCGUGGCAAAUAAAGUGUAGCAAGGGUUUUAAUUGAGUUUUUGGAUAGAGAAGGUUUAAACUGCAACAAUAUUUUACUGUUUGCAGCCGUGACAGAGAGAGAUUCUCGGCUCACAGCUUUAGUCAAGCGCUUUGAACAUGUUUCACCCUCGUUGUGCGGUUAAUUAUGUUCGGCGUUGGCAUUUUGCAUGGUCGAGCCAUGCGUCGCGUUUGUACGUCACGAAGAGAGACGGUUUCACAGCGCGGAGCACAACAACGCCACGUGAAUGCAUCAUCAGAUCUGAUCACGGAAACCACAUUCUGAUUUCAGGUCACGGCAGCGUGACUAGAGCUUUGAUUCACUCGGCUUCUCCCGACACACACGUGGAUUUUGUCCUUGCAAACAUGACAUGUCCACUUGUGAAUGGAUCUUUAAAAACCUUUUCUCAGCUGCGUUCUCACACUAACGCUAACUGUGGUUUUGUGAUCACCGAUAUCUGUUAAGCUGUUUUUUUUUCUAACCAAAUCACAUGCACGUCAUUGUUGUUGUCACUCUGUGUUUGUAUGUUUCGGUCCAGAUAUAAAGACUUAUUUGGUUCUUGAGUGCACCACAGAAAUCACCUGGUCAGGAUGUUGCACUGUGUACAGCCGCCUGUUGAACAUGUAUGGACUUAGCUUUAUAGGAACUGAACCUCCAUGUUACUGCUGUUUAAUUUUGCCCAUAGUGAAGCCGUGGUGUUCACUGAGUCAUUUGAGGUUGUUUUUUCCCCCCCUUUGUGCCAUUAGUAUUAGCAGUCAACCAAAUUUGCCUCUGUGGACCUUAUUUUGCCUCACAACCUUAUUCCUUAAUGAUAUACACUUUUUUUUUGUGUUUACAUACAGCAAUUGUGAAUGGUCACCAAAACGAAAACUCUUUUUGUUUGUUUGUUUAAUUUAAAGUCGAAAGCUGAAUCUUCUGAAAGGAACAAAUGAAAUAAAGGAUGGAAAAUAAUUCCAGGGGCGAGACGAACCAGGGAAAUAUGAACAUGCUGAGAGAUAAAAAGUGAAGUAUCUCAUUAAAUGCCGUGAAGCAGACCGCCGUGUCUCUCGGGCACAGGCCACAGAUGUGGUGGAAUAUCAACUUAAUGUGUAAUAAUAAGGUGUUUGUGUUGCACACAUUUUAAAUCGGUCUGCCUUUUUUUGUUACAUCGCUUGGAUUCAUAGGUAGUUUAAAGUCCGGUGAGUGUAAAGAGUUUAAAUGUGAGGAGAGAGCGAGAGAGAUAGAAUGUGAAUGUUUAAUAUAUAGUUAAUGACGUCUAUCAGGAUUCCAGCUGCGCGAACAAAGCCUUAUCUGAGUUAUUAGCUCUCUGAAUGACUUGCACACAUCAUCGUCAUCACUUUGGCAUUGUUUUCUUUCUGUUGUUGCAGUAUUUUUUUUUUUCCUUUGUAAAAUGAGUAUAAUGUGUUAUUUUUCAUCAGGUGUUUUGUUUUCGUCCGACAGUUUUAUUCUGUUUUUAAAAUAUUGCAGAGGAUGGCGGGUAAAUCAUAGAUCGUCUAGACUCUAAAGAGAAACACUCAUGUGGCCCCUCCAGCUUCCUCUGCCACAUUCCCUCUGUGAUUGGAUGCUUUCUUUUCUUUAUCAGUAUUUGUUGUUGUUGUUGUUGUUGUUGUUGUUGUUCCUGUUAUGUUAAAAACAAAAUUAAGGCAUGACGCCACAGGUAAGAGAAUAAACUCGUGUGAAUCUGGUGGAUGCAGCUCCAGACUGUUCUUGUGGAUGUAUCGCUGAGCAGAGCGGUGGCGUCUCGCUCUCCUGGGCUUCUCUUUGGAAACUAUCAUUCCUUCACUUGUGUUUUCACAUCCAGAGAGAGAGUUGGCUGUACAAUAAUAACACAGACAUUAUAAAUGGCCAUUGUUUUUAUCAGCGUUAGCAUAAAUUGUGCCAUUAUAUAAAAAAUAAAUAAAUGAAUAAGAUUAAAACAGCAUAUCUCAUGACCCCAGCCCUCACGAACGGCGACGCUGAACUCGGCACCAAACGACGUUCCCUCUCUACACCCACGUGUACAUUUGACAAACUGGACUGUUUGUAGUUUCUGGUAGCUGUGCGUAGUGAAUGUGUUCACUGUUUAGAAACUAAGAAACUUGGAAUACAUUGUCAAAAGUGUAAAAGUAAAAUAAAAGAAUUCAAGCACU